AUGAGGUGGUUUGGACGCAACAGAAGCGAUAAGAAGAAGCAACCUCUGAUUCAGAUGGUUAACUCUGUUGGCAAGGAUGAUGAGCCACAGCACCAGCAGCACCAGCAGCAGAAGAAGCACCGCCCGCAGAAGCUGCACCCCAACAAGACCCCCCUGGAACUGCCACGGCUCCACCAGCCGACGCCAAUCCACCCCCUACAAACCCUGAAGCUGCUGCUGCUGCUGCUGCUGAUACCCUGUACCACCCUAACUUCUGAGCUGGACUACAACAUCCCGGCAAAACGCGUUACUAGCGGAGAGCGCGAGAUGAUUCUACCCAAGCACUUGAAGAAGAACACGAUGUCAACGAUGAUGGAAAAGACGCAAAGGCCAACAAGCAGGGACGACUCCCACAGCACCGCCGUCAUUUCGGCCAUUUCCCUCAGUACCAUUGGAGCUUCAAUAGAGCGUGAACUGGAAGGGGCCAAGGGUCUCAAGGGCAAGCCUCCGCUGGAGAUCAAGGCCAACACCCAUCAAAGUGUCAAAAAGAAAGAGAAUGUCGGUUACCUCCGACGAAACUUCCAAAAAGCUAACUUGGCUGUCAAGACAGCCGUGGUAAGCACACUCCCCAACAAGGUCGUCGAUGGAUUGGCAUCUGCCUAUGACACGAUACAUGCUCCCAGGAACAACAAAGACAAGAACCUGGAUGACGUUCCUGUCACGGCACGAAAGUACCGACGAGAUCACCCCGACUUGUUACUGCCCGGAAACGUUCCUCGAGUCGGCUUUACGGCUAUUUUUGCUGCCAUUCCCCUCUGGGUCAAGUACUUGGCGGUGGGUGCCGUGGCAGCCGCAGCUCUCACCGGCUUGGCAUUGGAACUGGAACGACAUCCCUUUGUUGUUCUGGGGAUGCUCGGCAGAGGAAUGAGUCUUCUUGGUUUCUGUAG